CCUUCUACCAAUAUCUUCCCUCGUGGUUCAAAGUCUUCUUCUUCUCCUCUUUCUAUCUUUGUAUCCAUUUCUUACGAUAGUGUGUGUGUGUGUGUUUGUGUUUUUUUCUGGCUCACUGCUAUUACUUCAACAGGCAAAACAGUUACACACACUGAAAUCUACACUGAUAUAUUACCUUAGCUUCUGCAGUUCUGAUUUCAAGCUGCCAUUCACAAAAUACAGAAAGAUAAUGAAAAUGGUGGUAGAGAAAACUGAGAAGUUUGAUCCAGAAGAAGUAAUUGAGGAAUUUGAGGUGUUAACAAAAGAUGCUGGCAAAAUUCAAGAAGAGACUCUACAGAAGAUUUUGGAAGAAAAUGGAGGGACAGAAUAUCUGCAGCAAUGGGGUCUGAAUGGAAAAACUGAUUCACUGUCUUUCAAGAAUUGUAUACCCAUUGUCACCCACAAGGAUUUGGAGCCUUAUAUUCAUAGAAUUGCUGAUGGUGAUCUUUCUCCCAUUCUUACUGGAAAGCCUAUUACCACUAUUUCCUUAAGUUCUGGGACAACUCAGGGAAAGCCAAAGUUUGUACCUUUCAAUGAAGAAUUGAUGGAAUCCACUAUGCAAAUAUUCAAGACAUCUUUUGUCUUUAGGAACAGAGAAUUCCCAGUUGUAAAUGGGAAAGCUUUGCAGUUCAUUUAUGGCAGCAAGCAGUUCAAGACGAAGGGCGGUUUGGCAGCUGGAACUGCCACUACCAAUGUGUAUCGGAACGCACAAUUCAAGAAGACAAUGAAGGCAAUGCAGACCCCUUGUUGUAGCCCUGAUGAAGUAAUAUUUGGCCCUGAUUUCCAACAAUCUUUGUACUGUCAUCUUUUGUGCGGCCUCAUUUUCCGCGAUGAGGUUCAAGUCGUCUCUUCUACAUUUGCUCAUAGUAUCGUCCAUGCUUUUCGAAAUUUCGAACAAAUAUGGCAAGAACUUGUGACCAAUAUAAGGGAAGGUGUUCUUUCUAGCCGUGUCAUUGUCCCUUCUAUGAGAGCAGCAAUGUCGAAAUUACUCAAGCCUGAUCCCGAGCUUGCUGAUACUAUUUUUAACAAGUGCAGCCGGUUAAGCAAUUGGUAUGGCUUGAUUCCUGAACUCUUCCCGAACACUAGGUACAUAUAUGGUAUCAUGACCGGAUCCAUGGAACCUUACUUGAAGAAACUGAGGCAUUAUGCGGGCGACUUACCUCUGCUAAGUGCUGAUUAUGGAUCUUCUGAAGGGUGGAUUGGAGCAAACGUUAACCCCGAGUUGCCUCCCGAGCUUGUUACAUAUGCAGUACUUCCUAAUAUUGGUUAUUUCGAAUUCAUUCCUCUCAUGGAAAAUUUAGACGGUCUGGAGCCUAUGCCAGUCGGUCUAACUGAAGUUAAACUCGGCGAAGAGUAUGAAAUUGUAGUCACCAAUUUUGCAGGUCUGUAUCGCUAUAGGCUCGGUGAUGUUGUCAAGAUAAAAGGAUUCCACAAUGGCACUCCAGAACUCCAGUUUAUUUGCCGUAGGAAUCUCUUAUUGAGCAUCAACAUCGACAAGAACACUGAGAAAGACUUACAACUAGCGGUGGAAGCAGCAGCCAAGAUCUUAUCAGACGAAAAGCUGGAAGUAGUCGAUUUCACUAGCCACGUGAACGUCUCAGCUGAUCCGGGACACUACGUGAUCUUCUGGGAACUGAAUGGUGAGGCUAGUGAGGAAAUCUUGAAAGAAUGCUGCAAUUGUUUGGACAAAUCUUUCGUCGAUGCAGGCUAUGUGGGAUCUCGGAAGGUCCACGCCAUAGGCGCUCUUGAGCUUCGAAUUGUGAAGAGGGGAACAUUUCAUAAGAUAUUAGAUCAUUUUGUAGGAUUAGGUGCUGCAGUAAGCCAGUUCAAGACACCAAGGUGCGUCGGCCCGACUAAUCUCUCUGUGCUGCAAAUACUGUCUAGCAAUGUAGUUGAGAGCUAUUUUAGUACUGCAUUCUGUUGAAUUAAUGUAUAAUGAAUGUAUCUAGCCAGCCUUGUAAGUCAGCUGGUCAUUCUUCAUCUCAAUAACAUUUUGAAUUGUACAAAUUUGCGGUUUAGUUUAA